UAUUGUAUCUUCUUGGCAGGAGCAGUGGAUUUCAAGUAGCAUCCAAUCAUCGGCCAUGUACAAAAGGAACUGCCACAUUAGAGAACUGACCUUGAUGGAACUCAGUACAAUCUCUUACUGUUAGACAGUGAAGGAAUAGAUGCCUAUGAUCAAACACAAUAUGAAUGGCUUAUUGGAUCACAAUAUGCUACAUCUGAUUGGGUUGCAAUAAGAAAACCUCCACCUUGUGCCAUUGAUUCUUGGGGCUUAGAUGCUGAAGCGUGAAAGAAAGGGUUCUUCCUACUCAAUGUUUUGAUUUAUAGGACCAAACAUCAAGCAUGCCUCGACGAGGAUCCAUAUUAGAUUCUAGGAGUGACAGGUCCACUUCUAGGAGUGACAGGUCCACUUCAUCCAAGUCAUUUCAAACUACAUCAAGGCAUAAUAACAAAGGAUCCACAUUUCAUCAACCUGUGUAUCAGAACGCAAAUGAGUAUUAUAUACCUACUUUGGGGAGUACACAUCCUCCUCAACAUGAUUAUGGGAGGGUUGAUUCAUAUCAAUAUUGUGAGGGCUUUCGUUUUCAAGAUUUGCUUCAAACUCAAGGAGGUUUCUCUCGAGAUAAUCAACUUGUUUAUGGAGGACAUAAUUUAUAUGGGAGUUAUGGGAGAGUUGAAGGUAAUGAUGAUGAUGUGAACAUUAGAAAUGAAGAUGAGGGAGACGGUAGUAAUGAGAGAGGUGUAUGUGAUGAGGAUCACGAUGGUGUUCCAUCAUAUCACGGUUCAACAUCUUCUCCAUACAAUUAUGAUCAAAGUGUUAAAAGGAAGGGUUUUGACACGUCAAUAGAUCCAAUAACAAGAAAAAAGGAGCUUUGUUUGUAUGGAACAACCGAGUUCAAUAAUGCAUCGUGUGGUCGUGCAAUCGGAGAUAUUUUGAGGUCCAAUUUUAAGGGAGCAUGGCACUCUUGGGAAAAAGUAGAUUCAAUGUGCAGGGAUGAACUCUUUAAAGAGUUUAAGAAAAAAUAUUCCUUUCCUGAGGAAGAUGAGUCGAUUGUUCGUAAUAUUUGGGAAGAUAAGGCUAGGAUAGCUUUGAAUCAACAAUUGACCCGAGCUCGCAAGAAAGCCAUGUCAAAAGAAAACACUACAAAUAUUAUAGAUUGUCUUGAUAAAGGUCCUGCCUGGAUAAACAAUGAUGACUGGAAUCAAAUGAUCAAAGAUGUUUGGUCCACCCCUGAAUUUCAAAGGAGAUCUGAAUCUGCUAGGAGGAAUCGAUUAACCAAAACAGAUGGCAAAAUAAGCACUCAUUCUGGAGGAACAGUGUCAUUUGCAUCAUAUCGAGCUAACAUGCAAGAGGAAGCUGGUGGAAAAGAACCUCCAUGGGAUGAUGUCUUUACAGCUUUGCAUCAAAGUACUAAGCAAUCUGGUAGCUUUAUCGACAACAAGUCUAAAAAAGUGGUUGAAAAUUAUAAAAUGGAGAUGAUUUCAAAGUAUGGAACUGAUCGGGAAAAUCAUCCUUCAUUUGAUGGAGCAGCUUGGUGUGUGGCUUCAGGAGGAGUUACAAAGGGUAGGGUAUAUGGUGCACCUCGUAUGCCAAAAUCAAAAGUUAGUACAAGCUCUUCAUCACAUUCCUACUCGGUGGAGUCAUCAUAUCCCAGUUCAUCGUAUCGAGCAUUGCAAAAGGAGAUAAAGGAUAAAGAAGAGGAGAUAAAGAAAAAAGAUGAUUUUAUUCUUGAAAUGAAACGGCAGAUGGAUUCCAUGAAAGAAUAUCUUGUGAACAAUCUUGGAUACCAUGGUGGGACAUCAAAUAUUGAUCAAGGUAUGCCACCACCUUUGACUCCAUCAAUACCGCCACCUAUGGCUCCUCAGAUAAUGACACCUAUGGGUCCUGCAUUUCAACAAAUUUUUAGACCUACACCUCGACCUUUAUAUCCUGCUCAAUCUUCUGUUGAUCCACAAUAUCAUGGUUCGUCUUCGCAACCAGCACCAUGAUUGUAUUUUUUGUUGUUUUUUUUUAUUGUAUUUGAACUUAAUUGUAUUAAUGCAAGUUUAACUAAAUUUUUAUAAUAUGAAUAUUAUUUU